AUGGAGGCACUGAAUAUUGUACCAAUAUUGGACGAUGGAACCGUACGUUUGAGGUGGCGUAUCAAGCACGUAUCACUAUUAAGAGCCCUCAUGAAUCCAAUGCUUUUCAAAUAUGAUUAUCGUGCCAAACGAUUGAAAUGGUUCGAUGGUUAUUCAAUAUUCACUGUUGACGGGAACGGUCUUGUUUAUAGAGUUGUCACUCAAAGGUGGUCGCUGAUGGAUGUGUCGACGAAUGGAGAUGGUCGAUACAAACAGAAUUCGAAUUAUUGUGCACAUCAAGAAAAUGAAAAUCAAUUCAAGGUGAUGCCGGAUGAGGAGAGAGGAUUGGAUCGAAAGAGUGCCACGCAACGGUUAGCUGAGAAAAUUGGUGUGCUACCGAAAGGAGCUGAAGCGACAUCAAUAUCAUCGGACCAUAAUCGCUUGUCAUCGUCUGCGUUCAAUUGA